AAAGCCAGAUCAGAAACGGUUGGAAGAGAAGAGUGAAAGUGUGUAGGAAUAUCUUGAAGUAAUCUCUGGCGAAGUUGUUUUUAUUGUCUUCAUAUACUUUACCCACAGAAGUGAACCAAACGAUAAACUCAACAGGUGCUAGUGCAUGGAAUGGCCUCUUCUAAGAGGCAUCAAGAUCUGAUCUCCCAGCACCCUAUCCUGGCAGGAGGCUCCCCAGCUAUGGAGUGGAAGACACCUGCCAUCUCAGAUAAGUUCCAGAGCCGCUUUGGACGGUGCCCCAGCUCAGCUGACAGUGGGGACACUGGCUUGGGAACCACCCCUUCUGACAGCACUGAAGAUUUCUGCAGUUCCAGUGAUAGCUCAUCCUUUCAGCCCAUCAGGACCCAGAUCACAAUCCCAACAGCCCAUGUCGUGCCUUCCACUGCAGGUAUUUUGGCACAGAUGAACAGCGUUGCUCAGGAUUCUAGAGACUCGAGAACAAAAUCCUCUCCGCUGUCCAAACUGGACCCUCCCAACCUGGAUAUGGGAGGCAUGUCUAAUGGAGACGUGAAAUCAGCUCCUGUCGAUUCUGUGAAUCGUUACCGGACUCUUGUGAACGGACUAGAGUACCAUUCUUUGUUCCCCAAUGCUGACCAGUCUUGUCUGGAUGAAUGUGGAAAAUUCAACAGGCCUGCUAUAGAACCAACCAUGAACCAGUCUGCACUGUUGGACACUUUUUACAGUGACCCGCGGUUCAGGACGGAGACUAGUAAUCCUGGAGAGACAGGCAAAGACAGCUACGACUCCUUGGACCGGCCGUACAAGACUCUCCCUGAGAGCAAGACUACCUCCUCGGGUGGGAAUGUAUACGGGCCACGAAACGGUUUCUUGCCAAACUAUUCAAACUCUGCGCUCAAUGCUGGCAGUGCCUUUGCAGGUCAACAGGCUCUUCAGUCUCAGAUGUGGAUGAGGGAGCAGAUGAACACCAAAGGAUAUAAUGCCAGAGUGCCAGACAGGUCAUGUGACCUCGCUGCCUGGCAGCAGCAGCAGCAGCUUGAGAGUAUUCGGUUACAGGUGGAGCAGAUGCAGUUAAGUGCAGGCUCUCGACAGUAUCCAUCCCUCUACCCCUCUGCACUACAGCAGGACACCAGUAAGUGGGAUGCUCUGAUUAGAGCCAAUGAGAGCCUACUCAAGGAAAAGGAACUGGUUAUUGAGAGACAAAAGCAACAGAUCUCUCAGCUGGAACAGAAGGUGAGAGAGAGUGAGUUGCAGGUGCACAGUGCUCUAAUUGGACGAAACCCUUCCUACAACGAUGUCUACCUAUUGAGACUGCAGGAGGCCCAAAGGGAGAACACGUUCCUCAGGGCCCAGUUUGCUGACCAGACGAGCAGCUUCAACAAAGAGAAGGCUGAAGCAGAGAGGAAACUCGCUGCAGUGGAGGCUGAAGUUCGGAAGCUCAGUGAGACUUUGAAAGAAACCGCACAGAAGCAUUCUGAAGAAAUGAAGAAACAAGAGGAACGGGUCCGUGGGAGAGACAAACACAUUAACAGUCUAAAAAAGAAAUGCCAGAAAGAGUCUGAACAAAACCGAGAGAAGCAGCAGAGAAUAGAGACGUUGGAGAGGUACCUGGCAGACCUGCCAACACUGGAGGAUUAUCAGAAACAGAGUAACCAGUUGAAGGAACUGGAGAGGCAGUCCGGCCAGCUGCAGGACACAGUGUCGGAUUUAGAGAGGAAGCUGGGGGAGGCACGGGCUCAAUGCAGGGAGAGGAUGGCCCAGCUGGAGAGCCAGAAAGAGAAGGAGCUUGAGCUGAUCUCACAAGUGCACAGCUUGCAGGAGAAGGUAGAACAGAGCCUGGAGGAUGGGGACAGGUUGCCAAUGCUGGACAUGGAGAAGCUGAAAGCAGAAAACAACUCUCUCAAAGAGGAGGUGGAACGAGCCAAGAGGGUAAUCGAGAAGCAGCAGAAAAAGAUGGAGCAAAUUGCAUCACAAAUAAGGAGGCUGGAAGAGCAGGUGAUCCAGGAGGAAGGCACUAGCCAGGCUUUGAGAGAGGACCUGACAGAGAAGGAGAAUGGACUGCAGCAGCUCCGCAAGGCAAUGAAGGAGCUUUCAGCCCAGAACCAGGAGCUGAUCGAGAGGAACCUGACCCUCCAGGAGCAGCUUGGCCAGCCUGGUCAGUGUGAAGCACCGCAGGCAGAGAGCGCCCAGCUCACACUGAGACUGCAUGGGGAGAUGGCUGCCUGUCUGUACGACCUACAGUCCCUCUGCAAUAUCCUCAACCAGCGAUCCCAGGGCAGGGACCCCAACCUCUCUCUGCUGCUCGGAAUAAGAUCUAUGCAGUACUCCUGUGAUGACAGAGAGGACUGGAUGAACCCAGAGGUCCUCGCCAAGAAGCUAACAGAAGUCCAACAACUCCGACGUGAUGUGGAGGAGCUGAGGACCACGAUGUCGGACCGCUACGCACAGGACAUGGGGGAUAAUUGCAUUACACAGUAACUAGUGGGGCUGCUCCAUGCAGGGGUUCAGAUUUCAGUAUACUCAUGGCAGUGACUUGGUCAUCUCAUAAUAGUUUGAAAAAUACAUGCAUGGCCAUAAUGUUUUGUGGUAGUUGCAUUCCUGCACAUGUACAGUGUUUUUUUUUUUUCUUCCCAUGUAAUAUAUGGUAAUGCUGAUGAAUAUAUCAUAGGGUCGGUCAGCCUCAAGCCUUAUGGAACUUUAGUGAGUCUUGCUGUUGCACUAGGACCCAGUGUUUUGAGUCUUGCCAUGUUAUGUUUUUUUUCACCAAGAUAUUAACCAUGCUGGUCUAAAUUAGACUGCCAUUAAACUGAGGUCUGUACCUGUGCAAGGCAUGCCCUGCAGGGUUUAACAGUAUACUAUUGAGAUUUUUCCUUUGGGAUCGUUUUGUUGUGGUUGACAAUCAACUGAAUAUGUUAAAAUUGUUUGAGUGUAAGAAAUUCUGUGAUUGUUGGUAAUCUGAUGUAGUAUUAAUCACUGGAGUGGGGGUGGGUCUGCAGGGGCUGGGUUGGUCCAAUCAGUGCAUGCUUUGGCUCUAGUCAUAAGGCAUUAAUAUUGCUAAUGUCUUCCUAUUGUAGAGCCUCCUUUUGUAGAUCGAUUUGAUGUUGGAAAAAGAUCAAGGAUGUCAAUAUUCUUUGUACAAAUAUGUGCAGGCUUUAAACUAAACCCUAGCUCCAGUAUAAAGUGGUUUAGUGUACUAGCAAACUAAAUUUAGAAGCCAUUUACAAAGGACACAUUUGAAUCCUGGUUUGUAGCAAGUGAGACAUGCAGUAUUAACCUUUCUGUAGAUCAUAACUCUACAUUAGGCAUGGUUGCAACAGAACUUCAAUAACAUGAUUGGUCUUAAUGUUAUGUUUGUUCUAACUCUUAUACCAAGUUUGGUAAGGUAGUCCAAGAUUAGUGCUAAUCCAAAAAAACUAAAAAAUGUUCAAGUUGAGGCUAGUCCAAAGAAUCCUCUUCUGUGCAGGAUAAUCGACCCUGAAACACUAUUUGACAUUGGGCUUCACAGUUGUACUUGUUUUUAAAUAUUAAACCAAAAAUACUUUUUUGGACAAAGCCUACCUUCAAAAUCCAUAUAACCUAAAAAGACUAACUUGUCCGACUGGCAUUGUUUUGGAAUGGUUAAGGCUUGGGUUAAAACACUACAUUGAAAUCUCAGCUUCUGGUUUAAACGAAUGCACACUAGGAAUACCCCUUGCCUCCAGUCACAAAAACCUACAGGAGUAAUGCAACUUGGUGCAGAUGAGUACUCCUUUUGUCGAAACAAGUGUACCAUAAAAUAUUUUCAUAUUUCCUUUCACGCUCCAGUUAUGUAAGAGAAAAUGCUUCAAAGUGUGCCAGGAGCUGCCACUUUGUAUGUAUUUCAUAUAAUUAAAUAUGAACAGCCAACUGUGUUCUAUACCUUGGUAAUCAAAAACUGAAAAAAGUGACUCUACGAAUUUCCAUGCAGUGAAUCAUUUUUGUGUGUUGAAAAACUGCUAUAGUGUAUAAAUACUUUUAAUUCUCCUCUAGUGGUCUUUUGACAGACCAGUGUUAACAUGUACCUGAAUGUUUUACAAUAUGGAUAAUACUACGAUAGAAACCUGUUAAUACUUGUGGAAUGAUCCCUUCAAUGAGAUCUACAUCUUGCUCUCUCAACUACUGGUUCCAGUUUUGAAUUUGAAAUAGAGACUCGGUUGUCUUUUAGCAGAGGUAUCCUUUGCUGCUAGAUACAAGCUCAAAUUGUAAGAGGGCUUGUGUGGCACCAACAAAUAUAUUCCAGUAGCAGUUUGCUCCCCUACACCUGACGAUGCACAGUUCCAAAAUGUUUUACUAACUUUCAUUACAAUUCAAUACAACAGCAAAGUUUGAUCUUGUCUGUAUAUAUGCCUCAUGGGGUGGGUGGGUGAUCAAAUGCAUUUUUUUAAUGGGACUCAACCAUUGCUGGAAAGGCUAUUCUUUUUGUGACUCUGCUAACAUUCGUGAUUUAAAAGAAAAAAGUGUUUAACUCUACCUUGCACAGAAUUUGAUUGUACACUUUUUUUUUUUUUUUUCCCAAAAG